GUUUAAUAAAACGUCAAAGGUAGAAUAAAUAUAAAUAUUACAUAUAAAUUUUCCAAUUUUAUUGUUAUUAUACUAUAGGAAAAGUAAUAAAACGCAAUGACCUCAACCGAAGGCGAUGAUAUGUCGAACAGGAUAUUACGAACAAUAAAGAAGAUAAUCGAGAACGACCGAAAUAUAGAUGAAUUUGGCAUAAUUCCAACUCCGUACAACCUAAAGAACAAGUCACCAGUAUUAUAUGAAGAUCACUGCAUAGGACUGGAGUCUUGGUGCGUUAAACACGUUUACAACUACGCCUGUUCCAAUCUGUUCAAUCACUACCAGCAGCUGAAGAAGGGCAAGUUGUGUUUCACAAAAGUUUCCGAUUUUAAUAACAUGCUGAUAGGAGCUCUAUUGAUCAACCCGCAUGUUACUACUUUCUGGAACAUGAAGCGAGAACUUAUAGAGAGGGAACUCUUGAAUCUUGAUGAUGAAAUGUACUUUAGCAAAAUUGUUCUUUCACACAAAGCGAAAGCAACUGAUGUUUUUGCAUAUAGAAGAUGGCUUUUGCAAAGGAUAAAAAAGAAACUGGACCAUCAAAUCCCAUUCAGUUUAAUUCAAAAUGAAUUCUCAGUUACGCAUAUGGCUUCAGAAAAGUCGCCAAAUAAUUAUCAUAGUUGGAAUCAUCGAAUUUGGACUAUGGAAAACAUGACGUCAUACAAUCAGCUUCAACAAAUUAUUUACUCGGAGCUAAGUUACACUCAGGAAUGGAUCAACAGCCACAUAUCAGAACAUGUGGGAUACCAUUACAGACAAUACCUCAUCACUCUGACGACAAAAGUUUUUAUAUCGAGCACGAUCUACAGAUCGUACUUUGAUUUUGUCGUGUCAGAAUUCCUAAAACCAAGCGGAGUUUCGCUAACCCCGAAAGAAAUACCGCUUCACUUUUUAGGAAAAUCAAGCAAGUAUCUACCAUCAGAAGGUCGUUAUACGAAUUAUAUAUGUAUAAUGCUAUAUGACCUUUUCGUCUUAGUCGAUAAGCUGAACGCAACGUUCCCCGAACACGAAGCUCUAUAUUACCAUCGUAGAUUUUUGGUGCAGCAUCUGCUGAAUUUACCGUUAGAACUUCAAAAUGCAAACGACAUUAGCGAUAAUGAAAACUCGGGUACAAAAAACUCCGUCGUUAGCAUUGGUAGCGAUAUCAGAGCUAACAAAUGGUCGAAAUUAUUCAAGGUUUCCCCAAAUAAAUACGAAGGUUACACGAUAUGCGAGUUGGUGAUAAGGUGUGAUAAAAAAUUCCUAGCAGAAAACGGCGGCUCUCGGGAGGGCGAAAGGUAUAGAAAAUGGCUGUCAAAUGUGAUGGGGUUAAAAUGAGUUGCCGAGAUAUUUUACAAAAAAUACAAACGAUUUUUUUGUAAAUAAGUAGCGUCGGAACUGAGGAUAAGUUGAAAAAUGACGGGUAAAAGCCACUUCAGUUUAUGUUAUUACAGAAACGUUCUUUUCACGUUGCUGGAAAACGUAAAGAUAACGUUCGUUUGGAACCAAAGUACUGUUUUCUUCUUCUUAAGUUCAUUUUCCCCAUAAAUAAAAAAUGAUAAAAUACGUUUGUAAAACGAGAUUUUGCUCAAAAAUCGGAAUCGAAAAGCAUUAAAACACAAACAUAACUUCUGUACUUACCUAUAAAACGAAAUAUGCUCUUCUUCAUUGUGGGCUAUAAUUUUACAUAUUUAGCAGAACCUUGAUUGUACUAAUUUCACAGACAAUAAAAAAACACUGCAAAUAAGAAGGGAAAUUCGACUCAAAAGUUGCUCCGUUAGCAGGAAAACUCAUAAUGACACAUUCGAAUGAUGAAUGAAUCGUUUACCGAUGCGUUUUCUACGUAUGCGGUGUUGUCAGUGUGUUGCAGCUUUAGAAUCGUCCGACUAGUUGUCAUAUUGCAUUUUUGCUAAAAAAAUAACCUGACGACAAAUACUUUUUUUCAUCACGUCGUGGACGAUUAUUACUAAGUACAUACGGAUACCUUUACCCACUUCAGUUUAAGUUAUUACAGAAACGUUCUUUUCACGUUGCUGAAAAACGUAAAGAUAACGUUCGUUUGGAACCAAAAAUACUGUUUUCUUCUUCUUCAGUUCACUGCCCGCAUAAAUAGAAAAUAAUAAAAAACGUGUAUAAAGUGAGCAUUUUUCGAAAAUCGGAAUCGAAAAGCAUUAAAACAUCCAAGUGAAUAAAAACCUCGGGACUGGGAUCCGAAAUUAAAACACAAGCCUAACCUCUGUAGUUACUAUGAAACGAAACAUGCUCGGGGCUGUGAACCGAAAAUAAAACACAAACUUCUGUACUUAUCUAUAAAACGAAAUAUGCUCUUCUUCAUUGUGUGCUAUAAUUUUACAUAUUUAGCAAAACCUUGAUUGUACGUAGUCAUGCCAUAAGUUCUGUCCCUCGUUUUCAAACAAGUGUAGACCUGUUAAUACUUGUCCGAUUGUUUACAUUGUGGUGUCAGUUGAUUAAGCGCUUUUCGGGUAAUUACAUAUACCUCAGUUUGUAUUGAUCUCUCGAAGCAUAACGAUGGAGU